AUGAUCUUCAGCAAUCGAUCAGGGCGGCCGCGUGCGUGGGGCGGCAAACACCCAGGCGCCAAGUGCACUGCGGGCUGCGCUGCCGGACGCGUCCGCUCCCCCGCGCCGCGCCGCGCCGCGGCGCCGCCGCCGCGCGCCGCGCCUGUGAAUCACUACGAAGUGCUCGGGCUGCCCCCCGACGCGCCCGCCGAGGCGGUCAAGGCGCGGUACCGCGAGCUGGCGAAGGCGACGCACCCGGACGCCGGCGGCGGCGGCGGCGUGGAGGCGUUCCUCGCGGUGCGGCGCGCGUAUGACGUGCUCUCACAGGAGAUGCUGCGCGCGGAGCACGACCAGCAGCUGGGUGGGUGGCCAGACGCAAGAUAUGCAGGGCGGGAUGGCGGGUUCAGGCGCAGUUGA